UGCCUCUUUCUCCAGUGUCUGAGGCAUCUCAGCCAGCUGCAGACUGGCAGGUUCCCACUCUGCAUGUGCAGUCCCAGCACUGCUGGAAAGAACGUCAACUUUCCCUGGGAGAAUCACUACACCCUAAGGAUUAAACAUGAUCUUCCUCCUUGGACUCCUUGCGCUCUGCGUUUCUGCCUCCCUGGGAGAUCAUGGAUCUGUGAUAACUGAAAACAACUUAACAGAAUUUUCUAUGGUAAAUGGCAAUGAGGAAAAGGGUGGACCCCGAUUUCCAAGACAAAUUCCGUAUUCAUCAAGAAGAGAAAUCAAGCCCUUGGUUGCUGAGUUUACUGUGAAAUCUACCAUUUUAUCACGCUAUGCAUUUACUGCUGUGUCCUGCACCAUGGUUAAUCGGGCAGUCGAGGCAAAGGAGGUUGUAUUUCAGAUGCAGAUUCCAGCUGCAGCGUUCGUCUCCAACUUCACAAUGAUUAUUGGGGGCAGGACUUAUCACAGUGAAGUCACCUGGAGAAAAAAGACAGGAGAUAACACUAUACUGGACCUUGAUAAAAUUAUUGGUGACAGACGGGAGAAUGAAAUGGAAACAUUUAAUGCAUCAGCGACUAUCCCAGGAAGAAACAAAGCAGUUUUUCUGUUGAUGUACGAAGAGCUCUUACAAAGACGCCUUGGGUUGUAUGAGCAUGUGGUCAGUGUACGCCCACAGCAGUUGGUGGGCUCACUAUUGGUGGAGACCACUAUUCUGGAGACAUCUGGCAUCACUUUCCUGGAAGUUCUCCCUCUUCAGAACAACAAGCAGAAAAGCAAAAACACUGAUGCAAUCUCCCCUCCUCCUUCAACAGUAAUCAACCAGACAGAACACUUUGCAAGAAUACAGUUUAAACCCAAUGUGUUUCAGCAAGCAAAGAUCACUCAAAAUGGGAUUCUGGGAGAUUUUGUUAUUCGCUAUGAUGUACGGAGAGAGCUCAGUGUGGGAGAUAUCCAGGUUUUAAAUGGAUACUUUGUACAUUAUUUUGCACCAACAGACCUGCCUCCACUUCCAAAGAAUGUGAUCUUUGUUAUUGAUACAAGUGCUUCCAUGGUGGGAACUAAAAUUAAACAGACUAAAGACGCCCUAUUUACUAUUCUUCGAGAUUUGAGGCCUGAUGAUCAUUUUAAUAUAAUUGGCUUUAACAAUAAAAUCAAAGUUUGGCAGUCAAAAGAGCUUGUGAAAGUUUCUCCUAACAACAUCCGAGACGCAAAAAAGUUCAUCUAUAGCUUAUCACCUGCUGGAGGUACAAAUAUAAAUGGAGGUAUCCAGGUUGCAUCAAAUCUCCUCAAUGAUUACCUUGCUAAUAAUGGCAAGCAGGAGAGAAGUGUGUCACUGAUUAUAUUCCUAACUGAUGGACGACCCACUGUUGGGGAGGUACACUCUAUCCGAAUCCUAAGCAAUACCAAGAAUGCCAUACGCGAGAAGUUCUGUCUAUUCAGCAUUGGUAUUGGCAGUGAUGUGGAUUACCAGCUGCUAGAGAAAUUGUCCCUAGAGAACUGUGGCAUGAUGCGUCGGAUCAGUGAGGAUGAGGAUGCAGCACUUCAGCUGAAAGGGUUUUAUGAUGAGAUUGGAACCCCACUGUUGUCUGACAUUCGUAUCGACUACCCACCAGAUAGUGUUGAAUAUGUCACACAGAACAUGUUUUACAACUACUUUAAUGGAUCAGAAAUAGUGGUGGCAGGGAAACUAGUUAAUCAGUCUGACGACGUUCUACAUGUUCAGAUCACAGCAAGCAACAGCAAUAAGUAUGUUGUCCUAGAGGCUGAUGUCAAGCUUGAAGGUUUUGGCCAAGACGAAAUUAUAGGGUCUGAGAUCAUAAAGGACAAUAAAGAAUAUAGGAACCAUAUUGAAAGAUUGUGGAGUCACCUGACAUUCAAGGAACUUCUUACAUCUUGGCAUAAAAGUAACAGCGACACUGAGAAGGAGGCUAUAAUGAAAAAAGCCAGCAAACUGGCACUGAAGUACAAUUUUGUCACCCCAUUCACAUUGCUAGAAGUUAAGGAGCAUGAAUUCCAGGCUGAUCUUCCCAAAGAAGAGGCUACAAGCCUUUACACAGAGGGGAUUGGACAGAAACUGCUCAACCUACCAGGAAAAAAAGCUCCACAAGGAUCCCCAUCUGAGCAGAUAAGCAGCCAUAAACCACCCAUCUCUAAAACUUCAGCGGACGGAGACCCACAUUUUGUUGUUGACUUCCCUUUGAGUAAGCUGACCGUGUGCUUUAACAUUGAUGGCGAACCGGGUGACAUACUGAGGCUGGUGUCAGACCACAAACACUCUGGUGUAACAGUAAAUGGACAGCUGAUCGGGGCACCAGCACCACCAAAUGGUCAUAAGAAGCAGAGGACAUAUUUCAGCAGAAUUACUAUAAUAAUCAACAAACCGAAGCGCACUUACAUAGAAAUUACUCCUGCCAAGGUCAUCUUGGACAGCAAGGAUCGUCUCAUUCUGACAUGUGACAAAAGCGCUACAGUGAAGAGUGAUGAGCUAAUGGUUGCAGUUGCUGCAAAAUCUAACGUCACCAUAACCAUCCAAGGGUCCAUCAGCUUUGUCAUACUGGUCCAUAACUACAAGAAUCCAGCACCAUUCCAGAGAAAUCACUUGGGAUUCUACAUUUCUAACAGCAAAGGGCUGUCUUCUAAUUCUCAUGGCCUUUUAGGUCAGUUCCUACAUAAUGAAGUUAAGGUCACUAAGGCAACAAACCAAACCUCAAAUGCUGGCAACAUUUUGAAGGUGAGGAAUCGCUCUGUCCCUGUAAUCAGAAAGCAGCGGAAAUUGUAUAACGGCCUUCACCAGGUGGACUGUUGGUUUGCAAAAAAUAAUGCUCACAAACUGAUUGAUGGGCUGUAUCUGGAUUAUCUGGUGUCUCAUCCUUUUGACUGUGGGAAUGAUUUAAUAACAAAUGAAGUUUAAAAUGAAAUUAUCAUGUAUGGUUUCAACUACAUUCCACUUGAACUAUGCUAAGAAAUGAUGGAAGAGAACAGUCAAUUAUCAGAAGACUGCAGCACAGACAUUGUGUUUUAUACUUCAUAUGGAUCUACAUUGCACAGUGCUGUAUUUCGGAGUGACAGAAUAAUGUUGUGACUUACUUUGCACAAAGUGUUCAUUGGAAACCCUUUUCCAAAUGGACCACUGCAUCCAUUUCCAGUGUAGUCACUGAAUUCAUUUUAUAUGUAUCCAUAUUUCUAUGAUAUACAAUUUCCAUUUUUUUUUUACUAAAAUACUUUAUUUUAUUUAUGCUUUGAUUUUUUAGAAUGUACUUUUGAGAUGGUUUAAACGAGCAGUAGACUUUUUGAAAAACCCUAAAUAAUGAAUUCUGCCUUCUACAUAGGACAAAUUUUCUGCACAGUAUUUAGGGAGGAUCAGAGUUGUCCAUUUUACGCGUUUCAUAGAUGAAGGCAAUAUGCUAACAUUUAAGAUAUCCAAUUUAUUAAAACACUAGUUAUCAGCCCACCAAAAUGAUGGAACAACAUAACAGUAAUGUUAGUGCCAGUGACUGUGUGCGUCUGAAUGGAGCAACACUUGAAUUGCUCCAUCAGGCACAAUGUAGCAGCCAUCGGCACGUAAAACCCUUGAGAGGUGAUGAGCAGUGUCAGCCUUUUAUUAUAUAGUAUUAUUAGUGUAAACCAGGGGUUCUCAAACUCGGUCCUCAGGACCCCACACAGUGCAUGUUUUGCAGGUAACCCAGCAAGUGCACAGGUGUAUUAAUUACUCACAGACACAUUUUAAAAGGUCCACAGGUGGAGCUAAUUAUUUCACUUGUAAUUCUGUGAGGAGACCUGCAAAACAUGCACUGUGUGGGGUCCUGAGGACCGAGUUUGAGAACCUGUGGUGUAAACAAACAUUAUAGCUCAUGCAUUGCAUAUCUAUGACUACAAAUGCUGCAUAGGCACACUGCGAUUAUAAAAAGCCAAUGCAACUUUUUUAGAUUAGCUGCAACUUACCACUUUACUACCCAUUUCAUUCUACACCUCAUCAGAGACAACUGAAUGUUGAUCAAGACUGGUGUAAAGUGUGGUUGGACAAUUAUCUUUAUCUCAACCACGUCUGAUCAUUGUCCAACUGCACAAACUGCUUCGUUGGAUCCAGCUAUUUGACAAGAUCUGUGCAAUCUGGCCACAAACAUGUUUCACUAAAGCGACAUAAAUUUGGAGUCUUGAGUUAGAUCAGUGUGUAUAUGGGCAUGUAAAACUGGCCACACUUAAUCUGAUUUGGUACGCCUUUAAACUAUUUGCAGCUACAACAAACAACAGCUUUAACAGAUCAAUAGAUAGACAGCAAUUUGACCACCAUUGCAUUUUAAGUUAUGGGCCAAACUGCCAGUAAUAACACUUUCAGACAGAAAAGUCUGAAAGUCCUGGCAAUUACCCGGCAUUUCAGUGCCAGGUAGUUUUGCCGAGACCUGCCUGACCCCCCUUUCAUACAGACAAGCAAAUUACCGGGUCGAGAAUUUUGAAUCGGUAAUUUGCAGAUCAACACGGGUAUUUUGUCUGUGUGAAUUGGUCAACCCGGGUCUCCAACCCUGGUAGAUUCCAGGGUCGAAGUCCCGGGAAUUUCAUCCCGGGUCGACCCUUUCACACAGAAAAAGGACCCGUGUUUUUCGUGAAGUUACCGGGUAGAACUGCUUCACCCGGUAAUUUCAGUUUCUGUCUGAAAGGGGUAUAAGAAGUGCCUCAUUUAUUUCUUGAUCUGGCUAUUGGUUUGAUGCCCAGAUUAGUUUAUUUUUGCAAAUGUACAAGGGCAACUUCUGAUACAAAGUAACAAACUACUUUCUGCAAGUUAAAUAAUCAUAGAUUAUUCAUAACAGUAGGGUAGAUAAACGGUCAGUGGUUUUUGGGACCCCGAUUGGUUGGUCUUUGAUGUCUGCAGCCUGUGUAGGUGCACACUGUGUAAUUUAGCCUGUGUGUUGGCAGAGUUUACUGGCAAGGGAGUAAAGGGUUGUUCAGUAUUACUGCCACAUUGGGUACAAAUACAAGGUAUGUAGACAUUUACGACUGGGUUCCCUUUUCUACUCAAGUCACUAGCAGGCAUGCUGAGAACCUAUACAGCAGGCCUGGCCAACCUGUGGCUCACCAGCUGUUGUAAAACUACACAUCC